UCGCCGUGCGGGGCGGGCAAGGACACAGCAAGGGCGGUCAUGGCCAGCUCCAAACAGCUGUCGCGAUUUUGGGAAUGGGGCAGGAAUAUCGUGUGCGUGGGGCGCAAUUACGCGGAGCACGCCAAGGAGAUGGGCAGCGCCCUGCCCGCCGAGCCGCUCUUCUUCCUCAAGCCUUCCUCGGCCUACGUGCGGGAGGGAUCCCCCAUCGUGCGGCCCUACUACUGCCGGGACCUGCACCACGAGGUGGAGCUGGGGGUGCUCAUCGGCCGCAGGGCGGAGGCCGUGCCGCAGGAGCGGGCCAUGGAGCACGUGGCGGGCUAUGCCCUGUGCCUGGACAUGACGGCCCGAGACACGCAGGAACAGUGUAAAAAGAAGGGGCUGCCCUGGACUUUGGCCAAAGGGUUCGGCUCGUCUUGCCCAGUCAGUGAGUUCGUGCCCAAGGAGAAGAUCCCAGACCCGCACAAGCUGCGGAUCUGGCUGAAGGUGAACGGGAAGUUGAGGCAGGAGGGGGACACCUCCUCCAUGAUCUUCUCCAUCCCGUACCUGAUCAGCUACAUCAGCCACAUAUUCACCUUGGAGGAAGGGGACUUGAUCCUCACGGGGACUCCCGAAGGAGUGGGGUCCGUGGAGGCCAACGAUGAGAUCGAGGCAGGGAUCAGGGACGUGGUGACCAUGAGGUUCAAGAAUUGCAGCUUCACAAAGAGUUUACAAGAGAAAGAUGUUUGAUUUUUUUUUUUCUAUUAGUUUUGUGAUUUCUCCCUGCUUUUUUCAAACACACAAAUUAAAGGAGAAUGGCUUUUCCUCCCACUCCAAGGGGUGAAGGCAGCAGGAAGUGUGCCAGAUGUUUGGCAGAUGGGUUUUUUCCUAAACUGAACUUUAAAUAUGUUCAAAAAGUGAAAUAAUGCAAAAAGAUCAAGAAUAAAGAAGCAUAUGUGUAAAAAUCACCACCAAACUUGUCUUUUGACUGAUUUUAAUGUAUUUUUAGUAAAA